AAUAAUUUGACGAGGAGGUGCGUUCUGCAGCCGGCGGUGCAAUUUUAUUCGCUUCUUCUUCGAAGUUCAAACGGGAGCAACCUUUUUACCCAAAUAACAGCUAGGAGCCACCUUUUCUUGAGCACCUUUACAUCGGCCUAUACAAUAAAAAGCUGCAAAGAAGAGUGUCGAGUAGAGAGGGAGGGAGAGAGAGAGGCAGCAUGGCGGAGAUUGUGGCGGUUUAUUUGAUCAGAAAGCUAGCUGCCAGCUUCACAUCGGCGGCAAUAACACGGGUGGUUUCCCUGACCGAGUCGUUGCGAGGCCUUGAGCCAAAAAUUCGUGGCAUCAUGAGGGAUCUGGAGUUGAUGCAGGCCUUUCUAAGAUAUGCCGACACAUACAGAGGCAGCAACGAACUGGUAGGCGUUUGGGUGAAACAAGUCAGGGAGAUAGCCUACGACAUCAACACCCAUGCCGAUGAGUUCACUUAUCUAACUGCUGGAAAACGCCGGAGCAUCUUCGGUGCCUUCAUCGGUUCACAGAACAUCAACGACUUGCUCCGUCUCUUGAAAGAACUAGAGAAUUCGAAGAAAGAGCUCGAUCAGCUUUUAGGAGACAGAGAAAAAUAUGGCAUUAGACUGAGGGACGGAUCGUCUAGCUCGACCGAACAUGUCUUAAGCCGGCAUCUCGCAGACUCGGCACAUUUCAUCCAGGAAGAUGAGAUAGUGGGGUUUGAUAAGCACAGAGAUCAGCUCAGGAGAUGGCUAAUGGAUGAGGAGUCCCAUCGCACGGUGAUCUCCGUGUGGGGUAUGGGAGGCGCUGGCAAGACCACCCUGGUCACCACUGCGUACAGAGACGAGAUGGUUGUCGGCCACUUUGGCUGUCUUGCAUGGGUUUCGGUAUCUCAAGUCUAUGACGCCGAUGACCUGCUCAAAAGAAUCAUAUUGGAGCUGCCCCAGGAGACACGGAAGGCCCUUAAUCCACACAGCCUGGAUUCCAUGCCUUCCUGGAGGCUAGUGGAGACACUAAAGUCCCUUCUGCAUCCUACAAGGUAUCUCAUUAUCUUGGAUGACGUGUGGCAUAAAGAAGUUUGGGAUGAUGUUAGUAGUGCGUUGUUCGAUAAUGGUUGUGGGAGCAGGGUCGUCAUUACCACACGGAAGCAGGAAGUUGCUUUGGCGGCCUUUGAUAGCCAGGUUAUGAAACUUGAGCCAUUGAAGGAAUACGAGGCAUGGACGCUCUUCUGCAAGAAAGCAUUCGAGAGAGAAAAUGGUGGAGGCUGUCCUCCAGAACUAGAGUAUUUGGCUAGAAGAAUCGUGGAGAAGUGUGACGGCUUGCCAUUGGCUUUAGUGUCUAUAGGCAGGCACAACUUGCGGACCGAAGAAACAAAGAUGGCAUGGAAGAGCAUUCUUGAUGGUCCAGUAUGGGGGAUAAGAGCGAACCCGGAUCUCCACAAGAUCUCCACAAACUUGAACUGCAGCAUCGAUGACCUACCGCAUCAACUCAGGAGCUGCUUGCUAUAUUGCAGCAUAUUUCCGAAAGGCCAUGUCAUCAAAAGAAAAUCUUUGAUCAGAUUAUGGGUGGCGGAAGGAUUUGUACAGGAAGGUGCAGAGAGCGCAGCAGAGGAGGCGGCGGAGCAGUGCCUCAACCAACUUGUAAGCGGAUCUAUGCUCCAGGUGACACACAAGAAUGAAUUUGGAAGGGUGAGCCUUCUCCGAAUGCAUAAUCUUGUGUGGGACCUGAUCGUGUUUAGAUCAAGCGAAGAGCAUUUCCACCAGGUGUAUGACACUGAUGCAGGGGGGGUGCUGCAAUAUAGAGUUCAAAGUCUUUCAAUAAUUGGAACCAGGGGUGAUCACCAACUGGACGAAAAGAUGCCCAAACUUCGCUCUUUCCAUGUCUUCUCAUCAGUUUUGGCCCCUUCGCUGCUCUCCAACUUCAGGCUAUUGACAGUUUUGAAUCUAUUCCGAGCUCCUAUUGAAAGCCUACCAGGCGACGUGUUCGAUCUCUUAAACCUGCGAUACUUGUGCAUUCGGGAGACUAAAGUUCAAGAGCUUCCAGAGGCAAUAAGUAAGUUGCGCAGCUUAGAAUACUUGGACGCAUGGCGCACUCCUGUAAAGAAUUUGCCAUGGGGAAUAGCAAGUCUGAAAAACUUGCAGCACCUUAUGGCGAAAAAAUUUGAAGGUAAAACUACAAGAUACACAGAUAGCACGAGUGGGGUGCAUGUUCCUCACGGAAUACAGAAAUUGAAGCGCCUACAGACACUGAAAGCUGUUGUGGCAGACGGGGAUAUGAUAGAAAGCCUGAGUAGUUUGACACAUAUGAGAAGAUUAGAGAUUGUAGAUGUGAGGAACAAGCACUGUGUUAAGCUGGUUAAGUCCAUACUGAAGAUGAAACACCUUCGUCACUUGGUUGUUAAAAGAAAACACUGGCAUGAGACAUUGCAGCUGGGAUCUCUCUCACCACCACCGCCCCAGCUUCAAAAGCUCAGUUUGUACGGUAAGCUGGAGGGGGGCGUGUUGCCUCCUUGGUUUAACUCCCUCGCUAACCUCACGCAUCUAACCCUGCAAUCAUCUGGGAUUAAAAAGCCGUCCCUUCGUUUGCUCUCCUCGUUGCCCAAGCUAGCAUAUCUUGUUCUUUUAGAGGCAUAUGAUGGGGAGAGAUUGGAUUUCGAUGCAGGAUGGUUCCCUGAGCUCAGAUUACUCCGGUUACAGGACAUGGGCCAUCUCACAAGCGUAGAAAUAGAGCAAGGAGCACUGGUAAACUUGCAUGAGCUGUUUUUGGUGAGAUGCCGGGAGUUGAAGAAGGUGCCCACAGGUAUCAAAAAGCUCAUACAUCUCCACAAAUUGGAACUUGAUGACAUGCCAAAUGAGUUAGUGAAGAAUCUGCAUGAGGAGGAUCGCUUACAGGUUCAGCAUAUCCCCAUUAUCAUGAACUGGGUUAAAAAUGAGGACCAGUGGAUUGAGCAAAGGCUUUUCUGAUGCUUACCAUAUCCUCAGUAUGCUUGGAAGAAAGUGUCGAGAGAUGCAUCAAGUUUGAAUGUUUCAUGAUAUUUUUGGGUGAAGGGGAGUUUAAAUACUUGUGUAGAUACAUUAAUCUGUUUAAAUGUGUAUAACUAUAAGAGUUUAAAGAAUAAGUAUCUGUAGGUUCUCAUGAUGAUAAAAGUUGAUAUGCUUGCAAAUAUUCUUCCCCUUACCAGGAAAAGAAAAAAGGUUAUCUGUGGAUUCUCA